UUUGGGGAGCUUUUUGUUUCUGAAAUUCAGCUUAUUAGGACGGGUCACGCUGUAUCGAGUCUAGUAUUUUUUAAUCAUGUCUGAUUCGACCACUAUUGUAUUGGCCGAAGUUAAACCAGUCGGCGAGUCUGCUGUCUUGUCUACUACUCAAAAACGUGCACAGGCAUUUGCUCAUCUUGACGAUGCCAAACUCGGUUGGUUCCAUCUCCGUGCUACUCUCGUUGCCGGUGUUGGCUUUUUUACCGAUGCUUAUGAUAUUUUUGUUAUUUCGCUUGCUAUGCCCAUGAUUUAUAGAGUGUGGUAUCCAGAUGUUGAUUUUGUCAAGACUCAUCCUCAUCUUGACGCACUCGUAAAAGCAUCAACCAACUGGGGAAACUUUAUUGGCCAAAUUGCAUUUGGAUACCUCGGUGACAAGCUUGGUCGUAAACAAAUGUACGGUGUUGAGCUCAUCAUUAUGAUUGUAUGCACUGUUGGAUCUGCGCUUUCUGCUUCGACUCUACGUGGUAUGGAUGUUCUUACCAUGCUUGCAAUUUGGCGAUUCUUUCUUGGUAUUGGUAUUGGUGGAGAUUAUCCCAUGUCUGCCAUUAUCACAUCCGAAUUUGCCAAUGUUAAACAUCGUGGUAUGCUGAUGGCAGCUGUGUUUGCCAUGCAGGGUGUUGGAAUUCUUGUGGGUGGUAUCAUGACCAUUGUAUUCCUUGCUGCAUUCGAGUCGCACAUUCGUAAUGACAUUCUCAUGUUGGAUUAUGUCUGGCGGUUUAUGCUUGGAUUCGGUGUUGUACCUGCCAUUUUUGCCAUUUACUUCCGGUUGACAAUUCCCGAAACACCUAGAUUCACUGUGGAUGUUGUUGGCGAUGAGGACAAGGCCGUACGCGAUGUAGCUCGAGUCUUGGAAAUGAACAAAACCCUAGACCUUUCAUCCACUUGGGUCGAGCCUGAGAAACCUGAUUCAAAAGACAUUGAUCCCGUCAAGACUAAUACUGUCAAACAAAGCGAUGCUAGUAGUUUCAUGGCACAUUUUGGACAAUGGAAAAACGCACGUGUCUUGAUUGGAACUGCAUACACAUGGUUUGCACUUGAUAUUGCCUGGUACGGUCUAUCGCUCAACCAAGCUACUAUCCUCACGGCCAUCAACUUCAAUGGUGCUAAUGCCAAAUCUCCAUACGAACAGUUUUUCCAAAAAGCAGUUGGUGCAGUCAUUAUUAAUCUUAUGGGAACUGUUCCAGGCUACUGGGUCACUGUUGCUACCAUUGAAAAACUCGGACGUAAACCCAUUCAGUAUAUGGGAUUCGCAGUCAUCACAGUGUGUCUACUUAUUCUAGCAAUAUUCUGGGAUUUUAUGUUGAGCCAUACCACGUAUUUCAUUGUCGUGUAUACCAUUUCUCAAUUCUUUUUCAAUUUCGGACCCAACACCACUACAUUUGUUGUUCCAGGUGAAGUGUUCCCCACUCGCUGGAGAUCAACUGGUCACGGAUUAUCUGCUGCUGCCGGCAAGCUCGGUGCAAUCAUUGGAGUCCAAGCAGUCGGACCCUACUUUACUGAAAAUGCACGAGCAGUCUUGUAUACGUUUGCAGUUGUCAUGGCAACAGGCUGUGCUGCCACAUAUCUGAUCCCAGAAACCAAGGGAAAAACACUCGAGGAGCUAUCAGACGAAAUUGAAAUGGAUGCAUAAUCUAAACCACAUGGAUCUUGAAUGCUAAUAUCCAUGCAAGAUUCCCACCAUCAUGAUAUUAAAUAAAUUCAAACGAAUAUUUAAGCAUUGUCCC